GACGAGGAUGAGGAGCAGGAGAAGAAGCCCAAGACGAAGAAGGUGUCGGAGACGGUGGCGGAGUGGAAGGCUCUGAACGACAACCAGGCCCUGUGGCUGCGCCCGCCCGGCAACGUGUCGGACGAGGAGUACGCCAAGUUCUACCAGGCGCUCUCCAAGGAGUGGGAUACCCCGCUGGCCCACACGCACUUCAAGGCGGAGGGGGAUGUGGAGUUCAAGGCGGUCAUGUUUGUGCCCGCCCAGGCCUCCCCAGACCUCUACGACAACUACUACGCCAAGAAGCCCUCCAUCAAGCUCUACGUGCGCCGCGUCUUCAUCUCCGAAAACUUCGAGGAGCUGCUGCCCAAGUGGCUGAGCUUCAUUGUUGGCCUGGUGGACUCCGACACUAUGCCCCUCAACGUCUCCCGCGAGAUGCUGCAGCUGCACGAAGGGUGA